AGCACGUUAAACACCAGACGCCGCGUAUCACCCUGCGCCGGCAUAACAAAACGCAUGGUUAUAGUGCUCUCAACAAGAAACGUGUGGAUCCCGCGUAACUGGUGCAGCAAAUCUUAAUUCAAGUGUCGCCGGUCAAAUAAUGUUGGGCACAGGCCCGUGUUAUGUAGGCCUCUGCACUUAGUGGAGGGAAAUGCGACUGUGGGGGGCGGCCACGGUCAACAUGCGGGUGUGUUGCGUCACGACUGUUUUAGCGGCGCUGGCGCUGCGUUCAGCCGCCGAACCAACUCCCCGCCGGUACCCGGCCGAAUGGCACACCGGACGUGAACUGCAAAUUCGUUCACGGCCAUUACAUGAACUUUUCGAAUCGGAUACCACAGCUACUGAGCCCGAGCGGAAUUACGCCUCACCGAUACACAAAGAACGACGACGUACGCGUACCAACAAACGCGCGCCACGGCUUCCUGGCGAAGUUGCGAGCCAAAUGAUGCUGAGGGCCGCACGAUCUGGACGACCCUACGAUGUCCCUCAAAUAGAAUGUCCCCCGGCCGCUGAUGGCAUGGAAAGAUUCGCAUGUCCCACACCCGACCGUCAGGGGCGUUACAGAUGUAUCGACGACCAUGUGCUCUGUGAUGGUUUCAUUGACUGCCCCAGUGGGGAGGACGAAGAUCGGCAGGCUUGCAUGUUUUAUAAGACGACAAAAGCUCACUUGGACGUACUGGCCGACGCGCUGCUGCGGUGGGCGCGUGGCCGCUAAUCAUCCCUCCGAACAUUUAGUUCUUGAACAUUCCAUCAGUGAUUCUCAAAUAGACUGAGACAUUAUUGAUCCUAUUCAGUUACGCUGCGUACCGCAUGACGUAUUUAGACGCAACCAGUACUAAUUACAGACGUUAUGAAACAUAUCAAGUGGUGCAUACGGCGAAUAACCACUAAAUAGUGUAAGGAUUCCGAAAGCCGGUGAAUUGUUCGUUAGCUAUUGUGUGUAGUGGUAACAGGCGUUGGAACCUGGUUACGUCAAAAUAAUCUCUCGGCAGCUAUUUCGUCAAUGUUUAACUUCUAGCAAUUAUUAAACUAAAAUGUAAGACUGGUAGUCGACAUUGUUAGUCGGUAGAGCGUAUAUGAAUAUUUUAGUUUAUAUCCCUUCAUUUGAAAUAUAAAUCUAUUUAUUGUAUUUAUUCGAAUAGUUUUAAUUACUUUAAAUGCAUUCCUUGAAUUGAGGGUUGUAAGUAAAUAAGCGUUCAUAUUCUAAUAGGUUAGGUUGACUAAUUUGUGUUUAUUUUGAAGUGUCGGCCUAUAUUUGGCGUACUGCAUAUGACUAGCAGUAAGCCUUCGAUAUUCCUAUGGUUACUUUUGGUUAUUUCAGUAGGCUUACGAAAAACAAAACCGUCUUGUUACUAGGCAGCUAUAAAUGUAAUACAAAAAGACAAACGUUAUGUUUACUAUUUGAAUGUGUCGAUACUAAAUUGGUUGCCGAAUAAGUCAAUUAUCAUUGAUUCAAUUUCAUCUAUGCAAAUGAGUCAAGACUCCAAGGAAGUUCAGCAACAUUAAACACAUACCACAUUUUUUUUUUAAAUUUAUCUUUAAAAUAUCUUCUUUAGAAUCUUGCAGUCCGCAUCCUAUAUUAGAAAACUUAGAUUUAGGACUCCGCUAUUAUUUGUCGUGAUUUUAUGAUAAUUACAAAAUGUACUAAAUUGUGCUAAUUACAUUUAGACAUAUAUCUGAUGUUAUAAUAUAGUUUAAAUGUUAAAAUAUAUGUAGUUUAUAUGAUAAAGUAGAUCUGCAUUUAUUGUAAUACUAAAAUUAUCGCACCAAUUUGUAUGAAUAGAUAUUACAGCACUAUUUUGUGUCUAAUAGAUUAUAAAGUAUUGUUUUUAAUAGUUAAGUGUAGUACGAGUCAUUAAUAUAGGAAUUAAGGAUGCGAUCUAUAAGAUUAUAUGAUUACUGAUUGUGGUACUUUGGAGGCCGACCAGAGCUUUUUGUUUGAUAAACACCGAUGUGGUCUGUUAGAACCCAGGUUCUUGAGCCAUCAGACUCUUCGGUAUUUAUAUUAAUAUUUUUGUUUUAAUAAAUAAUGCUUUGGUUUGAGGUACCACAAUCAAAUUAUCAUAAAACUACUAAUUUAAAAUCUUAAAUGCCAAAGAAGUUUCUUUAGCAUGUUAUUUUUUUUUACGUUUUAAUAAUUUUUUAUUUCACAGAAUAGUAAUACUCUUUACUCAUAAAUGACUUUUCGGCAAAACAAUUGGCGACGUCUUAUUCUCGAACCAUUCCUAAGUGUAACUACUGGUUUAUUAAUGAUAAAUAUAAUUAUAAUAAAUAUAUUACCUAUACUGUAUUUGCACUCAAAAUUUGCCUGUUUCGUAUGUGCACAGCAAUUUAUUGUGAUAUUUUAAAUAUUUUAGAUUAAGGCGAAUCAUUAUCUCGGAUAUAUGGAUAUUAGUUUGUUUACAAAUAUAUUUACCUCUGUAUUGAAUACAGGCUAUUUCCUUGCUAACCGCUGAAAUCUUAUGCUGAAGCUAAGGCUUAUAUCUCGAAGCUGAUGUUAUUUUCCCUCUACUUACUUGCACUGUUGUUUUACAUCAAUAUAAAUGUAUGUUAAUGGUGUGUAUUUGUGAUCUUUACCUCCUAGAUGUAAUGACAACAUUUUUAAUAUUAUUCUCCUAUACAAUUGUAUCCCUGUAUUUGUUUUUACCAUUUCUAUUUCACCUGUAUCUAACAAAUGCAAACUACAUUUACAUACCCAUUUAUUACUAGAAUAAUAUAUACACGCUUCACGCUCGUUAGAUCUUCCCGUUCAGAAUUCUAAAGUGUUUUCAUUAUAUUUUCUUAUGACGCAUAAACACGGCUAACCUAAAUAAACAUUCGCUCAACGUGUACCACAACAGAUUAUCGUUUAAAAACAAUAUUUUUAGAACUCCCUUGUAGAUAUUGAAGAUGAAUGUCACAUACGAAAUUUUCAUAGAAAUUCGGCCAUCGAGCUCAAGUUUCCUUGAAGACGUGUGUUUAUUAUUUCGCUAUUUCUGAAUUAUAUUAUUUAAGAGUGCAACUAUUUUUGUAGAUACGUAUAUACGUUCAAUUACCACUAGAUAGAGAUUUACAUAUUAUAUUUUCUCAUAAUGUUAUGUUUGCCAAGGACAAACAAUUGUAAUUAACUAUUCUUCUUACCGCACAAAAUUAAAAGCAUAAACAAUUUUUAGAACAUUCUAUUUACAGAGAGCAUAGAUGCUAAAUUUCCAUAGAGUUUCCCCAAAGGCAUUUUGCUCAGACUGUUGUCAUUGCGUAGCCUUUGAAUUAAGAAUAACUCCGAGAGAAUUCUUAUGCAACAGCGACACUAGUUAAAAUUAAUUUACCAUCUGUACAUCUUCCUAACCUUCGUUAUUUUGAUCACCUGAUAAUUCUCUCAGAGAAUAUUCCUAAACCUUAACCGACACUAGUGAGUUGCCUAACCGUAUUCGUGUCAAGCAGCUCACAUGACGGUAAUCUUAUAACGACUACGCUAUUUUGUAGGCGUAAUAUA